AUGGCGGCAAAUUAUGAAGAACCAAGGAAAGAAAACAAAUUAUAUCUACGUCGCCUUGGUUCAGAGGAUGACACGGAAAGGGGAGAAAGGUUUUGGACAAAAAAUGUAAUCGAAAUGAAGUUCACUGUCGAAAAGACGUGGCUGAAAGACGUUCGAUUUGCCAAAACAAAGCCCAACUACGGGAUGCAAGGCCUUGAUCCUGUUUUGGAAGAACUCACCGGGAAUAAGCUCGAGCUUGUUGGGCCAAUGCUGGAUGGCUACAUAAAAGAAAUUGGUUUAUCCCUUCAAACAAAGCUAUCAAGGUCUAGGAUGACCGGUUUGAUGUCACCUAAUGUUCUGUUUAUGCCCUACGCAAUUUUUAAACACUUAAUGGUUCUCGUGUCUGGAUAUAGAGCAAACGUUGAAUGUACCAGAGAUGGGAAAAAAAUUACCCUUACGAUCACCAAUCCACAAACAGCCGAAAGUGUAUGGAAUCCCUCUCGAUUUCAAGGCGAAAAUUACCUGAAGAAGAGGCAUUUUGAAAAGAUCCCUAGCGAAGGACGAGUCAUACAAGUUCUGUCCGGUAGGUCUGUUGUUGUUGUCACAGAUUCAACACCAAUUCAGAUGUUGUAUUCUGUUAAACAACAAAGAAUAACUACAACAUUCUACGUGCAAAGAUACGAUCGGGAUGGUUUUGCCAAAGAUUCAAGCCUACAAAAACUAAUGAACUCUUAA